ACAAAAAGGGGCUAUUUAUUAAAAAAGUGGUGAUUUUAGCCUAAUUCCCAAUAAAGAAAGGAAACAAAGGUAAAAGAGUGCCAAAGGAGAAUUAGAGACGCAGAAAAAGCCCAUGAGGAAUUCAUUUCUGUGACGAGGCCCAGAAGAUGUCAACUCAGGAGGAUGUUAAGAUGAGCCAGCAACCAUCGGUGAUCCUUGCAACGGCUAGCUAUGAUCACACUAUUCGGUUUUGGGAGGCCAAAAGUGGCCGCUGCUACCGUACCAUCCAGUGCCCUGAUUCGCAAGUUAAUAGGCUUGAGAUUACUCCAGAUAAACGCUUCCUGGCUGCAGCCGGAAAUCCUCACAUUCGAUUAUUUGAUGUUAAUACAAAUAACCCUCAACCGGUGAUGAGCUAUGAAUCACAUAGUAAUAAUGUAAUGGCAGUAGGGUUUCAAUGUGAUGGGAACUGGAUGUAUUCAGGUUCUGAGGAUGGUACAGUAAAAAUUUGGGAUUUGAGAGCCCCAGGUUGUCAAAGGGAAUAUGAAAGUCGUGCAGCUGUUAACACUGUUGUGCUUCACCCGAAUCAGACUGAACUAAUAUCUGGGGACCAAAAUGGCAAUAUUCGUGUUUGGGACUUGACAGCAAAUUCAUGCAGCUGUGAAUUGGUUCCAGAGGUGGAUACGGCUGUAAGGUCAUUAACAGUUAUGUGGGAUGGGAGCUUGGUUGUUGCAGCAAAUAAUCAUGGGACAUGCUACGUUUGGCGCUUGCUGCGGGGAACCCAGACAAUGACCGAGUUUGCGCCACUUCAUAAACUGCAAGCACACAAGGGAAGUUACAUUCUUAAAUGUCUUCUUUCACCUGAAUUCUGCGAACCCCACAGAUACUUGGCGACUGCCUCUUCGGACCACACUGUCAAGAUAUGGAACGUAGAUGGUUUCACAUUAGAGAAAACUUUAGUAGGACAUCACCGAUGGGUGUGGGACUGUGUUUUCUCAGUAGACGGUGCCUAUCUUAUAACAGCUUCCUCUGAUACAACAGCAAGGCUUUGGAACAUGUACGGCGAAGAUAUCAGGGUGUAUCAAGGGCAUCACAAAGCAACCAUUUGUUGUGCACUCCAUGAUGGAGCCGAACCUUCUGCAUCUUGAACCUCAGCCGUCCUCGGCUCAUCUGCAUGCAUGUAUGCCCGGAGCAUGCACGCGUUGACGGCUACACACAAUUUCUUUAUGGUUUAUAAUGGAAUUUGGAGUUGCAUAAAAGUGAUGUGGUGCUACAUUAUCUUCUUUCAUGCAGUUAUUUCCCGCCUAAUGUGCAUUAUGUGUAUUACUAUUGUAGCUGGAAAUAAUGAUGUAAACAACCUUCUUUGGAAUUCUUCGACACUUUGUUAUAUUGAAAUUUAUCCCCGUGUCAUCGAUUCAUCGACAUCCA